GUUGUUGACGCAACAAAAAAACUCUGAACGGUUGUACAAACCCAUCGACCAUGCAGCGACUUGUGCAGCGCGAUAAGGGCGCUCCUGUUGUGCGCGAGGGAGACGAAGACAGCGAAGCGGACGAGGUUGAUGUUAAAGACGAGCUGCUACUGGAGCUGGCGGACACGGAGCAGCAGCUGGUGCAGGCGGCACCCGCAAAAGUCGCGUCUCUUCCGACUACGCUGGUGCUGGAUAGCGGUCCGGGCAAGUUGCGCACGUCCGCCCGCUACGUAAACCUACACACUUAUAACCCGCAAAGUGAUCAGGUCGAUGGGUACGCAGAGACGAAGAUCGGCGGUCACAAAAUGGACCACAAGCGUCCGUUCUUCUCAGACUGGCAGGGCCAGCUCCACGGGCCGUUAAAGACCGCUGUAUGGGGCGCUCUAGGAGCAGCUUUUACAGGUUCUCCAGCAGUACUAAGUGCGCCAUCAUCCCAGGCCCGUACGUCUCUGUCCUACGCGGCUCCCAAGCCCGAAGUUCUCGUGUACUCAGCUGUUAAAAUCGGCGGCCAUCCACUGGACCACGUACCGUUCUUAAGUCGCGGCCUACCGUCGAGACCUCUAUUAGGAUACGUACCGGACUCAGCCAGACUACAGCCACCGUCGCCCGCAGCUGUGACGUACGAGAUCGCUCCUAAUGUAUCCAACUUGUACGACUGCAGUCGUUGUUUCCGACUACGACAGUCGCCACGCGUCCAGCUUUGCUGUGGCCAUCCUGUGUGUGCCAAAUGUGUGGCUUCACGUACGAUAAAACACGUAGAACACAACCGGACGUGCUUCUUGGAGUGUGCACGCUGCAACGACAUGGUCGCGGUCGAAGCUGUAGUUUUCACUAAUUAUAUUUUACGGAUGGAACCUUUUUCAGCACGCACAGUCUCGGAGCUGGAGACGCAACAAGAAACAACAGAAAAGACGUCGACGUCGUUAUCAGGUGCCUGGAAACAGGGAGGCGUUCUUGCGGCGUUGUCUUUUAUCGCAGGGAGAUUCGUACCUACCAGGUCCAAGAAACCUCAAAGGAAGCGAAAUAUUGUCGAAGAAGCAAAAAAAUUGGUCGCUGAAGUGCUGACGGAUGAAGCUGAUGAAUUAGUGGUCGAUGGAGUGGCGGGUUUAACCAAGGAGGUCGUAAGAGCAGAGGUUACGAUCCAAAAGGGACCCGAGAGAUGGGUUAAACGUGUACAGGGUCUUCAAUCGCCGUCGAAACUGCUUAAAUUCUCGUUUGUACGCACGUUGGGUGUCGGUAACUUUGCUGAGGUGAUGCUAGUGGAGAACCGGAAGGGCCAGUUGACUGUGUUGAAGGAAAGCGACAAACUACCGGAAGCGGCGAACGAGAUCAGCAUCUUAUCAAGAGUCCGCAGUCCCCACGUGGUGCAGAUCCAACAGUAUUUUAUUGAGGAGAUCGGACACAGACAUUUUGCUUACAUUGAGAUGGAAUACUGCGACGGUGGCGAUUUGAAAGAAAUGCUCGAGAAAAAGGGACGACUGGGGGGAGACGACUUCGACUACAUGUUCCGCCAGUUGUGUCUUGGUCUGAAGGAAAUCCAUCGACAUGGGAUCGUCCAUCGGGACCUGAAGCCAGGCAACGUCCUCUUGACGAGCGAGGGCACUACAAAGAUCGCGGACUUUGGUGUAUCGACCUACUUGGAGAGCGAUCUACUGACACAUCACGCUGCUGGUACGCUGGCGUUCAUGGCGCCCGAGGUUCGACGGUAUUUCCUGGGAGAAGUCGUGAGUUACGACGACAAGGCAGAUAUCUGGUCUCUUGGCGCUCUAGCUGUGGCGAUGCUGACGGGAAACCCGGAGCCUCGAGUGGCCACUCGUCCAGUGGAGGAACUUGUCGACGAGUUGAAGGAAGAGAAACUGGACGAGAAGUACACACAGUUAGUGGGAGGCAUGCUCGCUGCCCAUCCAGCAGAGCGGUUAUCUCUGGAAGACCUGCUCGAAGCUUUCCCUCCCAUGAAUUCUCGCUUGUAA